AUGGGAAGGAAGAAAUCCCGUCCUGUUAGAUCAGGGGGGUUACUGCCCGGCAUUAUUUCCUCCAACGAUAGUAGAGGAGAGCAUAGUCGAGAGACCGACGCAAAAGUCGACGUUGUGGACGUCAAAAGUACUGAUGGGAAUGCAUCGCCUAAACAAUUUUUCGUUGAUGUAGACAGCAGUCACUGGGAGUCUGAUGAGCAUCUUGACAUCGCAGAAAUUAUUCUUAAAGACAUUAAAUUUGAUGAUGGCAUUAUAGAUCACAGACUGAUAGAGAAUCGAUGCGCGAUAUCUAAUAUAUAUUUGAGGUUCAAGUUACCUGACGAGGAUCAUGAUAAUUUUAGGUUGGGUUAUUGGCCGGUUGUCUCUGCGGACUGUAUCCAUCUGGAAUUUGUUGAAAUCGAGAAACAUGGCUCAGAGGAUAAAAAAAUACCUAAGAUUCUUUUCUCAGGGACAUUUGAUGGCCCAGGGGAGAGUGUAUCUGGGCUUGUUCAGCUAGUUACUAUGAAAUUUAUGACUUUGAGACCCGUUUCUCCAAUUACGAUUUUGGGCGAUGUCCCAUCCAUCAGGCUGAGAGUAGAGAUGCUGAGAAACGCUUUUGAAGCUUGUGAAUCAUUGCUAGAGGUUGCUAGGAAGCCAUGGCGGAAAAACAUGAUCAGUGUCAUGUCGUGGUUGCGCCCUGAGGUUACGACUUCAGAGGCAAGGUAUGGAACUGAUCUAUUGAAAUAUGAUAGCGGUGAUGCACAACCAGGAGCAGUUGGUGGUGUGGCUUCAGGACUACAUUCCGAGUUUGAUGCUGCUAGAUUUUAUGAGGCUAUCAAGCCGUCCAAGUAAGUUUUGUAUGCAACAUUCGUAUGCUAUAUCUUAUUGAUCAGAUUUUGCUACACAAUUUGUUUUCUCAAUAUAGGAUCAAAACGAACAGUAUCAUAGCUUCCACAGGAACAAGGCAUUUCAUCUAUAAUAUAGUGGGAUCAUUAUGAAAUGCAAUGUCCGUUUAUCUUUCUUUCUGGUAGAUAACUUCAACUCUUUUUCAUCUCUUGAUGGGAAAUUCGGUGGUAAUUUACUGUUCUUCUGUUUAGAAGCAUCUCGAAGUGCUUGAUCAACGAAGUGUCUCUUUUUAACCUCCCAGUGCAACCUAAACUAGUCAACAUAAUUCGAUCUCCUUUAUUCCGUUAUUCAUCAUUGUAUCAGAUUCAAUUCGCCACAAGAAUGUUAGCUUCUUUGAGAAGUCUGUGUUUUUUUUUUUCGCAAAUGGGAAUGCAUGUGUCAUAUCUGCUGUCUAAUCAAAUGCGUGCCAAUUGAUGUGUUUGAUAUUUUAUUUCUCAAAUUUUUAGCCAGUUUUUGGUUCCUUCUUGACUGCUCAUGCUUGGUAGCCAAUUCGAAUUAUUUUCCAUCUCUUGUAAGUCAACAAGGAAAGGUAUUUGCUUAUGCUUGUGCAUAUGCGAGGAGGUUUUUGCGUAUUUAUAACUGGAUCCGAAUACAUCAAUUUGUGUGUAUAUAAGAAAUUUGCAAAUUACACGCCAAUAUUAAGGUACCUUUUUUUUUGAUGGAUAAUUACAUUUAAAUAUAUAAGAAUACCCCUCCCAUAAGUACUUAGGUUGAUAUUUUAUGGACUGUACGAUUAUUGAGUCUUGAUUCAACAAAUUAUUGAAUGCUUUGGUUUGUUGUUUUGGAUAAUUUACUAUACUGGGCUCCAUGUAACCUUUUCACGGUUUCUUGUCCUGUGCAGCAUUGCCACAGAAUCUGACUUACUUUUCAGAUUAUUAUUGAUAAUUAUGAAUGAAAUCCUCAUAAUUAUCACUCACUGUUUAAUGAUCCAUAUAUUUCGCUUUAUUAAAAAACGAAAGAAAAACCGACAAUUAUAUGUAGCUGAGCACAGUGAAGAAUUAAAUAACAAGAUUAACUUGGCCCUGAACCCUUUGGAGAAGUGGUAUCAUGAUGGUGGAAUAUGGUUUGGACCACUGGAUCAGUCGAGUUUGAUCCAGUUCCUAUCCAGGUUGUUCACUUUGGAUAAAGAUAUCUAAGAGGGAAACUCUGUACACGUAAUAAAAAGGAAAAAAAGUAUUUAUAAUUCAAAAAAGGGGACUACAUGCGUUGAGAGGUUAAAUAAAGGUAUUUUCUAUAAAUACAAGCUUUAAAGACCCUGUCUACCCACCACACUGGUCACUUUUCAUGGGCGAUCUGGGGAAAAGAGUGCACUAGUGUCUGGUGUUUGUUUGAUGGCCUUUUUCUCUUAAUUUGUUUUUACAAGUAUUCACCACUACACGUUGGAUCCGAUCACCUAGUAAUGAUUCAAAGUACCAUUGUAGAAUGGGUUGAGAAACUAUGAUCCAGAGAAGGGUCAAAGUGUCUAAUUCUCUCUUAAAUGUCUGUUGUGCCUUUGGAAAGUUCUUGUGCUUUUUCCCAUUUUAAUAAAUUUUUGUACUAAAGUUGUAGGUGUAGACAUUUUGCCUAAAUUGGCUUCAGGGUUAUUGAUCCAGUUCCGAGUCUGCAUUAUUUUCAGUUUGGCUUGAUGCGGAAUGGCUGGCUUAAUUGCUUUCCAUGUGUGCUGGAAAUUUGAAAGUCCAAAACCUGACUCACAUUUCAACUGAGAAGAGGGUGGGCAACCAUGGCUAAGACCAUUUUUUUAAGUCAGUUAUAAACUCUAAUGGUACAAUCUUGACUUCAAAAAUGCCAUUCUAGAAACAAAAUAAUAAUGCGGUUACCAAUUGCUAUCUAUUCAACUCUGCAACAAUAUUCCAUCAGUCUCCAAUAAAGGUAAUGCUAUAUUUUGGCAUGCAUAAGUAUCAUUAUUGAGAAAUGUAUAAUGAUGAAUCCUACAAAUCAAUAUUCAAAUGUGGUUUCUUGAAUAUUGAGCUUGGAUCAGAGUUGACCAUCAGCUGACCCCAGAAAUGAAAGGAAAGAGAGAACCAGGUGCAUAAGAAAAAUAACAAGAAACAAAAAAAGGAGAAGCACUGACAAAAGAAAAAAAAGAUGUAGGGAGGGAUAUCGUGGGAGAAAAAGAGUAGAAAAGAGGAAAGAAUGAUAAAUGACCCAUGUAAUUUAAAGAGAUUGGUUGGUUAUCCUGUGUUAUUGAUCCUCAGCUGCGAGCUUUCAUCUAUUCAGGAUACAUUCCUAUGAUAGUGUUACAAACCUCUUAAGAUUUGGGGCGAAAUCUUUACCCUAAUCUUACCUUAGAAGAGGCUCACUCAGGGAAUCAGAUCUAUGUGUAUAGAAGAACCAGAUUGAACAAUUGAAAAUGAAAUUGAAAAGACAAUAGAGGUUCGCAGAUAGUAGGGUGAGUUCUUGAGGUCAAUUGAUCUUUAGGAAUAGGAGAGCCCCAAUCGGACCUCUCUAGGGACAGAUCUCCCCCUCUCACUCUUGUUUUCUCCCCCCUCUUAUUUUGGCCUCUUCUAUAUUAGAGACCUCAGUUCAUUAUUCUGUUGUGGUCCCCCCUCCACAUGGGGGUCUAGGUUGUCUUAUGUAGACGAUGGUUGGCUUCGUAACAUUACUCCCCCCAUGAGUUUCACCUUGUCCACAAGGUGAGAUGUAGGAAAUUGUCGCAGGAAUGUUGACACUAUCAUCCAUGAUGAUUCAAACUCUGGAAGAUGUUUCCAUGAAACUAAAAUCUCUGUGUCUUGAGGGGUUGACUUGUGAGCUUUUAUGCCAUCUGGAAUGAGUAUCCAUUCUUGUUCUUCUGAUAGUGUUGGGGGAAUCGGUUGGCUUAUGUUGUUUGAUCUUAGUGUCUUCCUAAGUUGGGAUAUAUGGAACACCAGAUGAACAUUUGAAUGAUCGGGCAAUUGGAGUUUAUAUGCCACUAGUCUAAUUCUUUCCAUAAUAGGAUACGGACCAAAAUAGUGAGGGUUUAACUUCUCGUUUUCCUUUUUGGCCAGAGAUUUCAUCUUGUAUGGUUUGAUCUUGAGAAAGACCAAAUCACCCACCUCUAAUUCCACUUCUCGAUGAUGCUUAUUUGUAUUAAAUUUCAUCUUCACUUGUGCCUUGUGUAAGUUGAAUUUCAAAAUCUCAAGGAUAGCAUCUUGUUCUGUGAGUAGUUGAUUGAUGGCAUCAAGUGGUGAAGGGAAUGUUCCAUAUUUGAUAAGUUUCGGUGGGUCCCUGCCAUAUACUGUUCGAAAAGGAGUCAUUUUAAUGGAAGAAUGAUAGGAAGUAUUGUAACUAUAUUCUGCCCAAUGAAGCCAUAAUUUCCAUUGCUUUGGUUUAUCAAAUACCGCACAUCCCAAGUAAUUUUCCUAGCACUUGUCGACGACUUCAGUUUGUCCAUCUGUUUGAGGGUGGUAAGAGGAACUGAAUUUGAGUUCCAUUCCCUGUAGUGUGUGUAGUUCAUGCCAAAAUGUACUUUGGAAUAUUCGUCCCUUAUCGAAGAUCACUGUCUUUGGAAACCCAUGGAGCCUUACGAUUUCUUUGAUGAAUAAUUGAGCGACCUCCUUGGUUGAGAAUGGAUGAUGUAGGGUAAUGAAAUGACUAUACUUGUGCAAUCUAUCCGCUACUACUAAUAUGACAUUCGACCCAUGUGAUUUAGGUAAGCCUUCAAUUUGGGUAGGUAUAGGCAGUGGUUGUAGAAGUCCCACUAGAGAUAGUGAAGAAGAUUUGUACUAUAAGCAAGUAGGACAAUUGUUGAUAUAUGUCUUUAUAUCUCUCUUCAUUCCUUGUUAAUAGAAUUAUUGCGAAAUUCUAUGGUAUGUCUUCUAAAAUGACCCCCUAUUGAGCUGUCAUGAAAGAAUUAUAACACUCUGCUAAUUAAAAGGGAAUGUAUUGACAGAACCAACCUUUCUCUAUGUAGCAAGGAUUUAUCCUUCAAAGAAUAUAAUUCAUUUGUUGUAUUUCCUUUAGAUAAGGAAGUUUUAAUCUCUGCAAGCUUAGUGUCUUGGUCCACUACUAGACGAACAGCUUCAAGAUCAAUGGCGUGAUGUGCUAUUGCCUCAUUUAGUUCAGCUUGUAGUAAUGAUAGACAUUGGGAUAAUACAUCUGCAGCUUGAUUGUUCUUCCUUUCUUUAUAUAUAAUUUUAAAACUAUAGCCCAUCGAUUUCACCAACCAUUUACGAUAUUCAGCAUUUAAUUUAAGAAUUUAAUUUCUUUAUGUUCAAGUAAGAAUUUAAGACUGUACUAGUCUAUUUUGAUGAUAAAAUGUUGACAUAUAAGAUAAUGCCUCCAUUUCCUUACUAUCAACACUAUAGCCAUCAACUCCCGUUCAUAGGCCAAUUUUAAUUUGGCUCUUCUUGGAAGUGCUUGACUAAAAUAAGCUAUCGGGCACCCUUGUUGCAUGAGAAUGGCCCCAACACUUGAUCCAGAAGCAUUAGUUUCCACGAUAAAUUCUUGUGAAAAAUUUGGUAAUGCUAAUACUGGAGCCAUAGUCAUUGCUUGUUUAAGGGUCGAGAAGGUUGCUUGUGCUUCUCUUGACCAAAAAAAUGCAUCUUUUCUUAGUAAUUGUGUUAGUGGUCAUGCAAUUGAAGCAUAGUUGGCAAUAAAUUUCCUGUAAUAUCCAGUGAGUCCUAGGAACUCACGGAGUUAAGAUUUCUAGGAAUUGGCCAAUUAGUCAUGGCAGAUAUCUUCUCCUUAUCGACUUCUACUCCUACCGACACCCAAUGGCCCAAAUACUCUAGUUUGCUUUCUCUAAAUCUACAUUUCUUGGCAUUAAUAUGAAGAGAAUUUGUUGAGAGAAUGGAAAAUACCUUCCUCAUAUGCUGCAGGUAUUCAGUCAUAGUGAUGCUGUACACAAGUAAAUCAUCAAAGAAAACCAGUACGAAUCGCCUCAAUUGAUGUUGAAAUAUUUGGUUCAUUAGCAAUUGAAAGGUUGUAGGUGCAUUUGAUAAUAUGAAAGGCAUUACUUUAAAUUGAUAAUGGCCAUGAUGAGGCUUGAAUGCAGAAUUUGGUACAUCUUCUUUUCUCACUUUGAUCUGAUAAUAUCCUGAUUUUAAAUCCAGUUUUGAAAAAAUUGAUUUCUCAUACAAUUCAUCUAGUAGCUCAUCUACAACUGGAAUGGGGUAAUGGUUAGGACUGUGUGAAGGUUGUAUGACCUUUGUUGAUAUAAGUUCUUGGACAAGUGUCUCAAUUUCGUUUUUUUGGAAAUGAGAUUAUUUGUAAGGCCUCAAGUUCAUAGGUUUUGUUCCUAGUAAUAGAUAUAUGGCAUGGUCAAUAGGGCGCUCAGGUGGCAUUCCUAUCAAUACUUUAAAAACCUUGGAAAAUUCUUUUUUCAGUCUGAUUUCUAAAUCGUUGGGUGCAUUAGGGUCUUUAUGUGAGUGAAUAUGAUGUAAUUCAACCAUAUAUGCCUUGCUACUCUUAAGUUCUUUCUCUGCACUUCUUGGUGACAUGCUGGUUUUUGUAAUGCUAGGAUCCCCUUUGAAGAUGUGAAUUUUGCCUCCCAUCAUGAACCUCAUUAUGAACUUCUCAUAGUUGGAAAGGAUCCACCCUAAAGUUCUCAACCAUUGUAUGCCUAGGAUCACAUCCGUGUCACUCAACUCCAGUGGUGAAAAAUCUUGUACUAUCAAAACACCUUGCGCCUGAAGAGGAAUAGACUUGCAAAUUGUUGCGCCUGCCACUGUGUUGCCAUUGCCCAUAACUAUGUUGUAGCCAUUUAACUUCUCCAUUUGUAAGGAUAAGUUAUCAAUUAUUUUGGUGCACAAGAAGUUGUGAGUUGCCCCACUAUCAAUGAGUAUUGACACCUCGAUGUCAUAGAUUUUGCCCCAAAGUUUCAUAGCCCCUUAUUGAGUAAUUCCCAUGACUGAAUUUAAAGAUACGUGUGUAGUGAAAGCCUUCUCAUUCGUGUUGGAUAUGGCCUGGUCGAACAGUUCCCAUCCUUCAUCAGUGUUGUCAACUUCUGCACUCUUUUGGUCUUCAUCCACAAUAAUAAUAUUCAACUCCUUUUUACAGCGAUGCCCUGGAGCAAAUUUUUCAUUGCAGUAGCAGGAUAAUCCCUUAUCUCUUCUCUUCUGAAAUUCUUGAUCUGUCAAUUUGAGUAUCUUGCGGUUACUUAAAGGUGGCUUGGAUGUCAUGGAAUUUCCUUUUGACGUGCCUUCAGCUGAAUCCUGAUAAUCCUUCCUGUAAUUACCUCUAUUAUUUGUAUUCUGGAAUUAUCUUUUGUAAUAGUCAUAGCGAGGUUGGGGUGGUUCAGGCUUUGUAAUCACUUGUUUCCCAAAGAAUUCAUUUCAGCUAUUUCGAAUUUCUCGAAGAUGAAUCUCUGCUUGGAUUGGUAGAUCCAUUGUUUCUCUGAGUCCCAAGGGCUUAUGCAUUGCCAAUUUUGAUCUGAUGUCUGGUUUCAAGCCCCUCACGUAUGCAUGUUUUAAUACUUCUGUGUUUAUAUCAGGUAGAAAGGCUGUAAUUCGUUUAAAUUCGGCCCUGUAUUCUCUUACUGAUGUGACUUGUUGUAAGCUCAUUAGUUGUUGCAGUGAACUCCUCGUCUCAGACGUCUUGAACUGUUUGCCCAAUUGACUCUUGAAGUCAUGCCAAUUUCGGAAUGAGAACUUGUCUCCAUCUAGAGAUACCAUUCCAGAGCUUCUCCCUCCAUACUCAACAUGAUUUGCUUGAGUCUAUCAUGCUCUGACAUAGGGUUUAGGCGAAAAUAUCUCUCAGCCCGCCUGAUCCAUCCCUCAGGGCUAUCUCCUUGGAAAACGGAUAACUCUAUUCUCUGAUUUAUCUAUGUUUGGCCAUCUUGUGAAGCUUGGCUUGAAUGAAUGGUGCCAUUAUAAGGUUGCAUUGGUUCUUUUCUUGAACCUUCAUUUGGAUGCGAACUGGAGUGUGGAUCCCUUGUGGAUAAUUUCUGAAGAAUCUGGUUGAGAAUUUCUCUUUGCUCGAUUAGGGAUUGUUCCUGCUUAGCAUAACCCUGUUUCAGAGAUGCAACCUCUUCUUCUAAUGAAGUCAUCUGAUGUGCCUUUGACCUGGUGAGCAUCCGCUGAUCAAGAUAGGUUCCAGACUAUACUGGAUGAUCGUUCUUCUUGCUGUAGAUCUGCCAGUCUUCUUCCAACGUUCUCACUCUGUGGAAUUACAGUCGAACGAAUUCGUUGUGAGAAUUACCUUCGUUUCUUGAAUUUGUUGUAGUUUGGACUUGGAAAGAAUUCCUGCUUCAGUCUUGCUAAUUCGAUCCUUAUUAUGGCGCGAACAGAAUCUUACUCUUGUGAUCUUGCACUUGUUGAAAUUUCUUCGAAUUCUUGCAAAAAAGGACCAGGAUGUCUGCUCUGAUACCAGUGUUACGAACCUCUCAAGAUUUGGGGCGAAAUCUUCGUCCUAAUCUUACCUUAAACGAGGCUCACUCAGGAAUCAGAUCUCUGUAUAUAGAAGAACCAAAUUGAACAAUUGAAAAUGAAAUUGGAAAGACAAUAGAGGUUCGCAGACAGUAGGGUGAGUUCCUGAGGUCGGAUCGAUCCUCAGGAACAGGAGAGCCCGAAUCGGACCUCUCCAGGGACAGAUCUCCCCCUCCCACUCUCUGUUUUCUCCCCCCUCUUAUUUCGGCCUCUUCUAUAUUUAUAGGCCUCAAUACAUUAUUCUGUUGUGGUCCCCCCUCCACGUGGGGGUCUAGGUCGUCUUGUGUAGACAACGGUUGGCUUCGUAACAGAUAGUUUCACAACAAUCUGAUUACGGCUGCAGCCAGUCCCUGCAGUUGGCAUUUGAUUACUGCUUGCAAUGCUUACAUUUAAUUUGAAAUGUUUUUUUCAAAUAUCUGCGAUGAAUUUGAAUGGAUUCUAUUUGCACUUGCUGUUCUUACCUGCAGAGAUGAGCCGAUGCUGGAAGAUGAGCUUCCUGAAUUAGUUCCACAACUUAGACCGUAUCAGCGUCGUGCAGUUUACUGGAUGAUUCAGAGAGAGAGAGGACUCUCAAUCUCUUCAGAAAAAGUGAAAGAUAACCAGUUUUUUUCUCCUUUCUGUGUUGCAGUUACUUUUCUUGAUGGUAAUUCAAGAAUGUUCUACAAUCCCUUCGGGUAAGAUAUUCUCCAACGAAAUAUCUUUUGAGUUGUUCUAUUUUCAAAACAAUUACAUUGGACAAGAUAUUCCUCAGUAAACUAUUUUUUGGAGAUGUUUCCUACGGUGAGAACAAUAUCUUGGUUCCACUUGUUAAUAAUAAGUCAGUCUUGAACUUGUUUCCAGUGAUUUGCUGGACUAAUUCAAAAUUUGAAUGCCAUUUCGUUCAUUCAUCGACUGUGUUAGUCUAUUAUCAACUUAUCACUUAGCUGCACAUAUUGAGGGAUGACUGGACACAUACCGGAAAUUUUUCUUUUCCGUUUUCUGAGUCAAUACCAUAGUAAGAUCAAACUUGUAUAAGUGUUCAACUGGGGGGGACACACCGAAUUGGUGGAAGAAAUCUCUACAGCUUGUGCAUCAUGCCCUAACUGUUGGUGCGAAGAAAUGAUGUAUGCAUUUAAUCUGUGACCUGCACUUAUUGGAACAAUAAAUCUGAAGGAUUUGCACACCAUUCCAUGCUAGCUGAUGUGGAAUCCAAGCAUUAUGUCAACACAUCUGCAUUAGAUGAACAUUGACUGCACAAAAAUUCGGUAAGUGAUCUUGUCUUAUGCUAAAAAUUCCUUGUGGAGAAGAAUUGUGAUGAGAAUUAUGAAGAUCUAAAUAUUGGAGCGUUUUUUUCUCCAACCAAGAGAAUGAAAAGCUAUGUCAUCCAAUAUCCUUUCAACUGCAACUUUAUAAAACCUAGAUUAUUGAAAAUCAGUGCAAGCUCUUCUAGGGAAGUGCCUCGCUUUAAAAAUCUAGCCAUAAAUAUCUAUGUUCUAGCAGUUAUCAAUCAUUCCAGCUUGUUGUUUGGUAUUUGUAUUGUAUUUAUAAACGUUUCAUUUCUCAGAUGUGGUUGCAGAAUCAGUUUCAUUUGAAAUGCAAAAGUAGAAAACUGAAUCUGGAAGGAUUUCAUUUUUUGAUGUUUAUGCUAUAGAGAGAUGUUUUUCAUAUUUCUUUGAAGUACGAAGGUAAAACAUUGAAUCUAUCUCUUAGUUUUCAUGUUUCUAGACCAGUUACAGAUUAACAGCUUCUUCUUGCUUUUUCAGUGGUAAUGUUUCACUUCAUUCAGAAUCAUCCUCAUCAUAUGUUCCUGGUGGGAUCCUUGCAGGUAACAUUUCUCCUUAGAUUAUGCUAAUUUAGUCUCUAUAUAACAGAGACUCAUGCUUAUGGAGAUGUCAUGGUUUUUUAAUUUGAUGUUCGAAGGACAGAUGAGAUGGGUUUGGGAAAGACUGUUGAAUUGCUGGCAUGCAUUCUUGUUCAGCGGAAAUCGUGUCCAGAGAAUCGUAUUGUUUCAGAAAAUGGAACCAGAGAAAUGGGAAGUUGCAUCAAAAGAUUGAAGCAAGAACGUGUUGAGUGUGUCUGCGGGGCUGUGACAGAAACCACAAGGUACAAAGGUCUGUGGGUUCAGUGUGACAUUUGUGAUGCUUGGCAGCAUGCAAACUGUGUUGGUUACUCUCCCAAGCAGAAGCUUUCACGUUCACAUGAGGAUUCCAGGAGCAUACCCGCAAAGCACUCCAGAAAAGCCGGUCUUCUCUCAACAAAGAAAGAUUCUAUCACUGUAAUGCAGACAAAGGAAAGUUACAUCUGCUCUGUAUGUUCAGAACUGAUUGAAUCAGCUAAUUCGACAGUAAUCACUCGUGCAACACUUAUCGUGUGUCCAUCUCCUAUAUUGACACAGUGGCAUUCUGAACUGAUCCGGUGAGCCUAAUCUUUUUAUGAUAGUUGUUACAUCAUCCCAUUUUUUUUAGUUCGUUACUUGAAUCGUUUCACACUUCAUGAUGAUAUUUCUCCAUUUGCUUGUUUAAUUCUGGCUACUGCCUUAGUCAGUAUGUAUCUAGAUACAGAAAAUAAUUCAGACAUUUUAAAAAGAAACUGCUGGCAAUUAGGAACAACUAUGGCCGACAGAUAUUUUACCUUUUUCUUUGCUGCCUUCAACUGAAACGCCAAUAAGGAUCCUCCUAUUAAAGAGAUGAUGCCAAAAAAAUUUACAAAGGCAAUGAAACCUGGCCCAGAAAGUAAUAACGCACAAAGUAGCGUUUACAUAGUCAAUCUUCGUCUGCAUCAGGAAUGUGUCAUCAUAGUUGAGCUGCACUUUGUUAAUCUUGCAGCAUCAAUUUUUUAGCUGUGUUUCUCUCCUUAGUACCUAAUACAUUAUUGCGAGAAUCUCUACCAUAUAUCUUGCAUCUCAAUGGCAGGAUUUGGGAAUCAUCUCUCACUAUUUCUCCCAGCUUGUUUUUAUUUUCCAUUUCACCGUACGAGCGUAACGUCUGAUUGUACGGUGGAUAUUAAAGAUUUUUGAUAUUUAAUUAUUCUUCAUUAAUGGUACUUUCUUGAUAUUUAUGUUACAGCCACACGAAGCCAGGUUCUCUGAAGAUUCAUGUUUAUGAAGGUGCAAGGAAUUUAUCUCCUUCAACCAAUCUGAGAACUAAUCUUAGUGAACUAGCAAGUUCUGACAUUGUGCUUACAACCUACGAUGUGCUGAAAGAAGAUUUGUCACAUGAUUCUGAUCGGCAUGAAGGAGAUCGUCGCCACAUGAGAUUUCAGAAGAGGUACUUGUUUAUUUUACUUCAAUGCCACUAGACAAAUUUAUACUCAAAGAUAGCUGUAAAAUAUUUAUCCAUCUCCUUGCAUCACAUAAAUGAUUAAUUUUUCUCCCAUAUUACUCGGGUGAGCCUGGCUUUUUGGUUUACUAGCUUGGCCCAUUGAUGCUGAUAUUGUACCAAGUGGAUAGAUUUUUGAGAAAGCUAGUUUUUUCUUGUGCCCUAGCAUCCAAUUCUUACAUAUUACUUGUGGUUCUAAGAUUAACCAUGUGUUCAGUGGAUCAUAUGUACGUUAUUAGAUAAUGAUAUCUGUGCAAUACAUAUGGUAUUAGUAGUGGUUCUCAUCCUUUGCAUUAAUUAGGCUGUAUUAUUAUCCUUGAGAGAACUGUUGAUUGUAGAAAUUUUGUGCAUCACAUAUAUGAAUGAUUGCUGUAAUAAAGAGCCUCAAGAUUUGAAUCUGCUUCGUAACCCCAUGGAACAUCCCCUUCCUACAAUCCUUGGCAGUUUUGUUUUGGAGGAUGUAACAAGUUUUUUUAACUUGGUUUCUUAGAUACCUCUGUUUGCAUACCUUUUAGAACUUUGAUGGAUAUAUGAUGAUGGGGAAAAAUUUACUGUAAGGCAAUGCAUAUGAGUAGGAAGUCCUCAUGAUCAAAAAACAAGACUAACAGAGAAAAAUUGACUGACGGGGAGGUCCAUUGAAUUUCUUGCAUUUGUCCCACCAAUUGUGGCAGCUGUGAAAUUGAUGUAAUUUGCGUCCAUGUUGUUGGAAGUUCUAGGUUGUAAGGAAAUAAUGUAAAAGAUUGAGGGUAUUUUUGAGACAAUUUUCUAGGGUUCCUCCCAUCUGUCAUAUGUGAUAGAGGUUAUUGUCUUUAUUCCUAUGAUUUUUUACAUGAUAACAGAGCCUAGGUAAACCUUAGUGCCACUGCCAAUACUGAUGCCGUCACCUCUGUUGAGCAUUGGGUUUGUCUGACGUUUCCUGAUGGUGGAAGUGCUGUCAUGCUGACUCUGUUCGGUGUCGGCUUUGUUCAGCAUCUCUUGUUUGGGGGAGUGCCAUUGCCGCCACCACCAAUGUCUAGUGAUAUCUGGCAUCUCCUGUCUGCCACCGCCAUUGACGUCCUCGGCCACCAUUUGCCGAGGUGUUGCUAUUGGCGUCGUGCUGCUUUUUGGUGAGGCCUUCUGCCUUUGCCGAGUAUCUUUCUGGCGAGGGUUUCUACAUCUGUCGAGUAUAUUUCCAUUGAGGGUUUCUACCUCUACCAAGUAUUGUUCCUGCGAGGGUUUCUACCUCUGUUGUGUUGCUUUCUGAUGAGGCCUUUUACCUCUGCCGAGUGUCUUUCCAACAUCAUUCCUAUGUAGUCAUUUGUCAAGUGUUGUUUCCGUCCAGUGUUUAUCCUCCAUCUAGUGACAUCCAACACUGGCGUCUUCAUCUGGCACCGUCCUUUCUACCUCCAGUGUCGUACUUUAUUCGAUGUUUGUCUAGCCUCUAGUGUUGUCCUCCGUCUUCCUCAAUAUAUCUCCCUCUGUCAUGCAUCAGUCUGAUGUUCUCUCUAGUGUUGUCUUCUGUCUUCCUCCGUCCGAUGUCAUCCUUCUGUUUGGCAAUGUUCUUUGUCUAGUGCUAUCUUGAGCGUUCCAAGUUCAUCUCAUGUUGUUCGAUGUCAUCCUGCCUAGUCUCGUGCAGUCUGACAACAUCUCAUGUAGCUUGGCGUCAGAAGACAUCAUUGUCCUAUGAAGCAAUCCUGCAACGUCCAGUAGAAGAGGAAAUUUUUGACAUUGUCAUAGAGGGAGUUGUUGCCACAACAAUCGUCGUCAUCACAAGUUCACUUUCUAACAAAUGAAUGCUCAUCUAUAACUUAGUCAACAUGAAUUUUGAAAAAAUUCAUCUUUAGGGGGAGCGUCGAAAGUUCUUGGUCAUAAGGAAAUAAUAUAAAAUAUUGAGGCAUUUUUGGAAUAAUUGACUAAGAUUCCUUAUAUAAGGGUAUAAAGGUGAUGAAAAUUGAUGUGGUUGUCCACUGUUCUCUGUUCUGUCCUCCGUGACAGAGGUUAUUAUUCCUAUUCCUAUGAUUUACUAUACAUAUAGCAGAAGUUGCUGAACUGGGCUUCUGCUUAUUUUAUUUCGUUUCAUUUAUUUAUUAAGUCGUUUCUGUAGUAUUUUUGAUAUGAUGCCCUUUAGGAUAAAAAUUUGGGAUAGGAGACAUGUAAUGCAGACAGAAAAUUUAUUACUCAGGAAGUUUCAAAUAAAAAGUCUUAUCAAAUUUGACAGAGCCUUCACUGAUCUCAGAAUGAGGGUGGUGGAUGUGUUGCUAUAAAAAAUCUUUGUUCCCCAGACAACUUCACCUCAUUACAAGUUUUUUUUACUAUCAGGCUAAGGCCAUAGUAAAUGGUUAUUUUUAUCUUCUUAUUUCUCAUUAUUUAGCUUUAAUGAUUUUUACCUACUGCUGCAUUGUGCCCUUGAAGAAAUAUUUUUGAACAUUGCUGUUGAAAAUGUAGGUACCCAGUCAUUCCAACUUUGCUUACAAGAAUAUUUUGGUGGCGACUUUGCCUAGAUGAGGCUCAGAUGGUUGAGAGCAAUGCUGCUGCUGUUACAGAAAUGGCACUCAGGUUACGUGCUCAACAUUGUUGGUGUAUCACAGGAACCCCUAUCCAGAGGAGACUUGAUGAUUUAUAUGGUCUUCUACGUUUCCUCAGAGCUAGCCCAUUUGACACUUGCAGGUGGUGGAGUGAAGUCAUCAGAGAUCCAUAUGAGGUAUUUUAAUUAGUUCGUUGUCCUGUGCCUCUUCUAGUUGUUAUUUGUAUUUGUAGUUACUGAUGAAUUAUAACACGAGUGACUGAAAGAAAGUAGUGCGCUUUAUAAAAUAGUAUUUGUGUACAAUGAACAAAUGACUAUGGCAUCCAAUUCCUUUCGUCAGCAUGCUAAUGGAAUUGCACUACCUGAUCUGAUUUUAAUUUUUUUUCUGGGGUGGGAGAGGGGGAGGAUCUAAUUCCUAUCCUGAGUGUGUUAAAAAAGGCACCAAAGUGGUUUGAAUUGGCUGAUAUAUGGGAUGCAUUGUCCCGAAAUUCGCUUGUAUUUCGGUUGACUGACCUGAUCUUGUAUGGGUUGGCUGGUUAUUGACAACAAUGGUGCUAUCGGAGGUAGACUAUGAAGUGCAGCUUUAUGACAGGUGAUGGAGGGGGAAGCAAAGGGGACAACAAGGAGAAGAAAGAAAACGGAAAAAAAACUGACUGGGACUGCCAUCAAUUGCCAUUGGCCACUUACUGCCCUUUCAAUCGAGAAACUAGCUUUAGGCUGGGGUCACAUGGUUGAAGAAGAUUUUAGCUUAUUUUAACUCACAUUGCAUCUAUACUCUUUUUUGCUAUAACCAUUAUAACAAUUUCAGUAUGUCCUUUUUUUACCCUGACUCAGAUUGUCUGAUCUGAUCCUAUAGUGGUCUGAUCUUAUUUAAAUCACCUUGAAGUAAGGGAAUAUUAGUGUGAUUUUAGCCGAGCCUAGGCUAUUGUUGUUCUAGAAUAUAUGGCUGAAUGGUUUGCGAAUGGUGUGUAUGCGUGGCCUAUUUUGGAUCUGAAGAGAAAAAUAGAGAAAGUGAGCACAAAUAGCGAAGAUCUGGUCAUAACUCCAUCCUGAAUUUCACUCCCUGUAUUCAAUCUAUAUUGGAUGUGCAUUUUUGUUUUCCCUUUUCUAGCGCCUCGGUAUUUUGGUGUUCUUCUCAUCCUUUAGGAUUCCCACAGAAAUGGCAAACAUAUCUCUUGGCUUGUACCGCUGUUCUUUUACAUGCCCAAAGGCACAGAACCUUGACAAUUGGCUUUCACAGGCCUAAUUUCUAUUUUCAUUAAACAUUUCCACUCAAAAGUGGUUCAGUGGAUAGUUUCCUCUAAAAGGGUCAUCGAUCACUAGCAUUUAAUUUGUGCCUUCAAUGCCCUUCAGCUUCUCUCCCUCCCCUUUUGUCUUAUUUUCUUCCUCUCUUUUCCUGAUCCAUUUCUUUUUUUUAUCCCUCUGAAUUCCUCUCAUUUCUGAAUGACAUCACUAUUUCUUGUACAGUGAGGAAGAACUGCUAUUUCUCUUGUGUACAACUGAGAAGUGUAGCUGUGUCAGAAAAAUGAAUGGGGAAUGAAAGUAAAAUAGAAAAUUCAAAUGAACAAUAUGAACACCGGAAUGGUGAGUUUGAUAAAGUUGUAACCUUUUCUUGACUAUAUGGAACAUAGUAUCUUUUGUCUUGAUAUGAUGGGAACCAAUUUGCUGAUUGGUGAAUAUCCCUAGUUUCGUACCAUCUGCUUCAUUUUUAUCGUUUAUUAUUAACAUUUUCUGUCAGUUCUUUGAUAUGUCGAUUUAUUAUUAAUUGAUUUUUACCGUCUUUUCUUCUCUUCUCAACAUGAAUGAACGGCAGACCAACAUAAAAACCCUUUCUCCUUCCUAUGGCUGUAUUACCUUCCCCUCUACUUCUGCCAAACCUUACUUUUCCCUUAUUCUACUUCUUUGGUCAUUGUCACUAUGCCAUUCUCACUGUUCAUGGACCUGAGGGGAAAUAGCCAGUCGAGCUGUGGGUGCCUCUGAAACUUUGGCCAUUUCCAGGUGAACAUCAUCCUACACUCUGUUGGGCUGUCUAGUCUUAGUGCUUCAAGACACUUCACUCGGGUAAUUUAUCUUAGUCUUUCUGGUGAAACCCAUGAAAGACUGGCUUAUGUGGAAUGGAAAUAGCCACCGACUGUCACAGUGCAGUGGAGCGGGUCUAACCCUGUAAGCAAGUGAUAUAAAGACAUGGACCCCGAAAAUUGCUCCCAUCUUCGAAAGUUUAUCUAAAAAGGGGCGCCAAUUUCUGAGCUAUGUUGUUUCUGGUAAGGGCAUAGAAGUGGAUUACUUUGUAGGACCAAAAACACCAGCAUUUCUGGGAAUCAUUUCAUAAUGCAGAUAGGUGAUAUGGCUGAGAAAUUAGAAACCUGCUCAUGAUGCUCAAUGUCAGGUGAAGCCACCAUGAAAUAAAAGUGCAGAAACAACAUCUAACUGGCUAGUAGGCCAUCUUUAAUUGCAAUAAACUAAUGAUAUCGCUUCAAACGUGCAGUAUAUGUUUUGAUUAGAUCGUCAGUACAUGUGUUUUCCAUCCAUCUCUUUCUUAACUGAAUAGAGUUAUAUGACGACUAAUGUGAUCAUGUACCAUUGUGAAGAAGAAUGAUGGUCUGGUCUUGAGGGUGAGAAUGAUCAAAUGGCUUGGGUAGAUAUGUGAUACAUCUGGAACGCAUUCACAUCUAUAUUGGUCAUAGCCUGGGCAGUUGGAGGUUGUAAAAGACUGUCUCAAGGAAGUCCCAGGUUGCUGUGUACGAAGUUCGAUUUAUUUAUCGCUGGAACACCUUCACGAUUAAGGAAGUUCUUGUAGUCUCAAUAGUUGCAGGACUUAGCUUUGGAUAGAUGUACGAUACAGCUUUCUUCUUGCUUUGUGCCAUGUCUUCUGUAUGUGUCCCAUUAUAGGUCUCUUAUAAGCAUUUAAAAACUCUAUUCUUUAGAUUUUGUUUCUCUUGAAGUGCUUGAUUUCAGGGGAAUGUUAUUAAUCAGGAGGAGAAUAACUUGAAUAUGUCAUUUUCAUACAUUUUUGUGAAAAAGCAUCGGGGAGUACGACUGAUCUGGUCAUCUUUUCACAUGACAGAAGAAAGAUGUAGUGGCUAUGCAGUUUACUCAUAAUUUCUUUAAGCAAAUUAUGUGGCGUUCAUCAAAAGUUCACGUGUCAGAUGAGUUGCAGUUACCACCUCAGGAGGAGUGUGCAUCCUGGCUGAGUUUCUCUCCUAUUGAGGAACACUUCUACCAGAAGCAACAUGAAACUUGCAUGACAUAUGCGCACGAAGCUGUGGAACGUUUCAAAAAAGAUGUGUCCAAAAGAAAACCUUUAGCUGGUAUACUCCUGCUUACUUUUCCUAGAUACAGCAUGACGUUCUUUCCUGCUGAACUUCUGUGGUCGCGUAUCCAUUGAUUUAGCUGUCGCAUUCUCUCACUACCGGAGGCUUAUUGAUUGGCAGAUUUGAGUGAUGCAUGCGAUGGUCUUCUUUCCCAUGCUAAUGCUGCAAAGCUUCUUUCACCAUUAUUGAAGCUUCGUCAGGCAUGCUGCCACCCACAAGUUGGUAGCUCUGGUUUACGCUCCUUGCAACAAUCUCCCAUGACGAUGGAUGAGAUACUAGAGGUAAGUGUAUUUUACAGAACUUUACUGCUUAGGAGACGCUUCCAAUACCUUGAAUGGAAUGAUGAGAUGCAGUUCCCUCUUAAGUUGGCCGUGCACCACACUUUUCCCUUGGUUUCUAUGCGGAUGCUAAUUGGACAAGUUGUACUUCCUGCUAUUCCUUUGGUAUCCGUCCAACUUAAGUGGUGAUCUGGGCUCUCCAUUCCGUUUUCAUGGGUAUGGGAUACUCAUUAUCCAUCUUAUUGGCAUUAGAUAAUGCUCAUUGUAUUUGACAACAUAAUUUUGACACUACAGAUGCUUAUUAGCAAAGCCAGAAUCGAAGGAGAGGAGUCUCUUCGAAAAGUAAUUGUUGCAUUGAAUGGGUUGGCUGCAAUUGCUGUAAUUGAGCAAGACUACAAGCGAGCAAGCUCAUUAUAUAGAGAAGCAUUGUCUAUAGCAGAGGAAAAUUCUGAUGAUUUCCGCAUUGACCCCCUGUUAAGUCUUCAUAUUCAUCAUAACCUUGCUGAUCUGCUUCCAUUUACCUCUGAGUAUUUGCAAAGUUCAGUGAAAGUAGGAACAGAGGAUGGAAUUUGUGAGAAUAAGACCAGAAAAGUUGAUGGUGAAAGUUAUGCCAAGAAACGAAAAAUAAAUAAAGACACUGAUUCAGGUUUAAUAAGGCAACUGGAUAACUCUGGGAAACUGUGUGGUUCCGAUCCUUAUACAGUGGAUGGUAAUGAUGGGAGAAAUAUUAAAUCCAAUGUUGAGUCAGAAGUAUCCUCGACAUCAUUUGAUGAUGUUUAUUUUAGGAAGAUUUGUGAUGAUAUCAUACAAAAGUACCUCUCUGUUUUCCUUUCGAAGUUGUCAUUGGCUCAGCAAGAAUUCUUCAGUACAUACACACAGGUAUUAAUUUUUUUUCUCUCAUUAUGUCUAUUUAAUUUUCUUUUUUUUUUCGGUUAAGAAUAUCUGUCAUCAGAAAUUGGAAACUAAAGAUCCUCGUUGCAUUUUAGUUUAUCGUACAAUAUAGGACUGCAUGUACGUUUCUAUCUGUUAAAGCAAUGACGGUUUACCUUAGAUUAUAUCCUCUAAAGUCUGAACGAACUUUAAAUUAAAUUCAGCUUUCAUUCUAAUCCAUAUUUUUUGCACUUUAAGCCAUCAUCUAUUACGGAUUGUGUUUUCGCAAUCGAUCUAAUAUGAAACUAGCGGGCUCGUUUAAAGAAAAAAAAUACAGAAUUCGGUGAUAUCAUCCGAUCUCAAAAUAUGCUGGGUACCUUAAAAUAAGUCCUGUCCUUCUUGAGAUAAGCAUAUGUAGGCAAUGGAUUGGAAAAUACCUCAUCCUUAUAAUAUGUCUAUGAAAAUGGCUUUUUAUGUGCGGUCAAGCCAUUAUUCUAUCACCCUUGCAUUGAAUUGCUUUUUAUCUGGCAAUUCAACAAUAUUUUCUAUUAUUGUUACUUAACUUUUAUGUUAUGCUAAUUUUUUUGUCAUUUAAUUCCUUAUGUUCUAGGUUUGUGAUGUGUCGAAGGUUUUUAGAGAUCACAAUGUGAACUGGUGGUUGGAAGCUCUCAUUCUGAUUGAGAAGAAUAAGGAUUCAUCAGAUGAACUAAUAAGAAAGAUCGACCAAGCAGUCUCUUCUAGGUCUGUAAAUGGUACUGGAUCGUCAAGAGUCUCUUCAAGGUUAUGUUUUUCAACCCAUCUAGCUCAGGAAGGCAGUGAUUGAUGGAUGUUUCUGCUUUUGAUUAGUUGACUCCAAACAGAUGAAAUUUCUAAUGCGUUGUGCCAUCUUAUCUGGAAUUAAGCAUCUUGUUGACGUUUUCUGCUCGAGACAUUUAAGGCGUAUUUAUUACCAAAAUCUUGUGAAAUCUUCUUUCUGCAUUAGCAUAUGUUACCCCUGUAUGGUAUUCAUCUCGGUGUAGUACACAUUUCUAUGUCAUCUAAAUGACCUCUUCGGUGGCAAUUAAGUAUACAUGCGGUGUUCUAUUAUGUAAUUGAGUCAAACUUUAUUUCAACGAACUCGUCAUCAACUUUUUUGAAUUUUCUUCUGAUGAUUGGGAAGAACCUUAAUAAGUGGAGAACAGUAAUGUUCGCUUUUAAACAAAUGUGUACACAAAUAUGAAAACUGUAGAGAAGGUAUCUUAUAUAUGCCAUGUAAGGACAAUACUGAAAUAAUUGAUUCUUAAAUGUUCACUUUUAGUUGAGGAUGAUCAUGAAGAGGUCCUAAGGGAAGAAGUACAUGGUGAUUACUUUAUAGACGUGAGUAGUUUAUGACAGAGCAUGUAACAAAGAUAUGCACCGAGCAUGCCAAGUAUCCAAAUUCUAUUGCAGAAAGUCUGGUUUAUGAUAGGACAAGUGCAAGGGCUUGUUGUAUAUAGUUUUUAAUGUGUCUCAAUAAUACUACUUCUCUAGAAGGGUAUUUUUUGAGCUCAUAGUUAUCUUCGCCUUCAUGGGUAAACUAAAACAAUAUCAUUUAUAAAAAAAUCUGUUAUUGUUUUCGGAUAAAAUCCCAAAAUUUUGAGCAACAUCAAGUUAGAAAACUAAAUAUUUUUAAUGUGAGGUUUUAAGAGUAGAAUAACUCGAGUGGAAUGCAUUUGGUAUUUUGAUCUGCUCUAUAAAAGGCUACAUAGCUGGAGAUAUUCUAAUGUGGUUGACAAGGAAAAAGGUUGUAGAAAGCAUAUUAUGCCCAGGAUUUUACAUUGAAAGACAAUUAAAGAUUCAUACAAUCUGCCGUGUUGAAUAGAGUGCGAUACUUGGCAUGAAAUUUUCCCGUAUAGCGAAGGGUGUCGAAUUCUUUUCAGAAUGCUGUUUAAAACGAUGGCGUUUAAAUUUAAGCUUCAUCUGCUUUAUUUGAAAAAUAUCUAUUUAUUGUUCAUCAUCCUCUGUAAAAUGGGCUUUAUUAGAUCUAAUCAGAUAAAUUUGUGUAGAAAAUUAAUCCGUUGGCAUAUGUAUUGUAUUAAUAUUAUGAAACUCUGUAUUUAAGAGAUGAAAUUAUAGCGUAGAAGCUUGCUAGGUACAUAAAUCCAAUACAGAUCAUUACUAAGAUAAGAUCUUGAUUUAAUUUAUAUUAAUUUCUCUGAAGCAUGCUUUCAAUGACAUAUUGUAUGCGUCAUGCAGUCUGAAUAUUGUGCCCUAUAAUUCAGGUAUCGAAGUAUAAGUGGCUUGAAACUUACUAUUCAGUCGGGUCUUGAUUCUUUAGAGACUUCCAGACAAACACUGAUCAAAAGGUUAACAGAAAUUGAUAAAACUAUGGAAAACCCCGAAGAGGCUGACAUUUUACGUGUGAGAUUCUGUCCAAGUUGCCAGUCUGGAGAUGGUCCCCUGUGUGUGCACUGUGAACUAAAUGACCUAUUUCAGGUGAGACGGGUAAACCUCAUCAAUGUCUUAGUAUGUCAACUUUCACUAAUAGCAUCAUCUUUUCAGGAGUAUGAAGCCAGGCUUUUUCAUCUGAAAAAGGGAAAUUAUAUGAUGACAUCAGCUGAAGAAGCCAUACAUUCUCAGAAGAAGAAGAAUGAGUUGAACCUUUUCUUUCGUGACCACAAAAAUUUUGUAGAGUCUAGUGCCAGUGAUAGUAAGAAUAAAGGUCAGCGGCAUGCCAGCACAAAUGUGGUUGUGAGUUCCUAACAUUGUUGGCCCUAACAAUGUUUUCCUUUUCACAUUUUUAUUGGGUUUAAGGAUAUAGUUACUAGGUUGAGCUUCAUUUGAUCUGUUACUCAUCUGUAUUCCUCUGCAUGUUAACAUAGUUUUUGAUUCGAAUAUCAACAGCAUUUCUCAUGCAGGAAGUCCACUGGAAUGACCUAGAUGCCGUUUUAUGUGUAUAACAUAUAUCUUUCGUGGAUUUUUCUGUUCGAAUAGAGUUUUCAUCACCACUUUGACUUCCAUAAACAAUUUAGAUGGUGUCAAAGGACAGUUCUCCCUAUUCUACUCAUAUGAAAUUGGAUGAACCGGAUUAGCUGUCCUCUUUACCAUAUCUCAUCAGGAAACUUCUGUGAAAAUUAUUGAUCUUUGAAGUUUUACUCCUACAUACCUUUGCUUUAUUAUGCAUUUAUUCUUUCUAAACACGACGCUCAACUUGCUGCAAAAUAUUGGCAGAUAUGAAAUAUAUUGUUUUCCAAGUUAUAGACAUGCAAUAGCGUAAAUAAUUCUCGACCAUGGCUUUACGAUUCCAGACAUCAUACAAUAGCCUCUUUUUCUAGGAUCAGUGGCUGGGUUGUACCCAGCAUGAACUUAUGAUAUACUUACUGUUAAUGAAUAACUUCGUUUUAUUGGGCUGGUUUCUUGGCUGCUCUUCAUUCUAUUUUUUUAAUUUAUGUUACAGAUCUAUAGGCUGCCUUCAGAUUUGGAGGUUAUUCUUGGAGUAAUAAAAAGACACUCAAAAUCCCUUUUAGGUGGGCUAGGCACAGCAUCUGCCAGAAAGCAUCUGCUCCUUUUUGAGGUACGAGAUUCUUGGUGCAUAUUUUACGUCAAGGUUGGUGUAUUGGCAGUCUAAUCAUUUAUAUGAAAAUCAAGAAAAAAUAAUUUUCAAUUUUAAUUAUUUUGAUUUCUCUAUGAUGGAUGAUACUUUUUUCAACCAGUUUUGACCGGUUUACGUCAUGGUAUUUCUGUAUCUAUGUUUGUUGGUAGGGUUUAAUAUUCAAUGAUUGUUCCAAAUCCAUUCGCAUCAUCUAUGUUUUGGCAUCUCUAUCCUCUGAUUACUAUUUUAUGCUAGAAUAUAUAGGACUAGGAAUGAUGCAAAAAUAUUUUCUUCAUUCCAAGAAAGAAAUAUCAGUGGCAGAUGGCACUCUUCAUAAAAGUAUCGAGCUUCAUUUGUGGAAGAUGAGAUUUGAUUAUGAAAUUCUGACCUAGCUCCUUUGUUUGUUUGCAUCCAUGAAAAAAAUAUUUUACUCGGGAUUGCAAUCAACUUCAAAAUCUUGCUCUUGAAAAUAAGCUUCUUAGUGAGGCUACCUGGAAUCAGUGUCCUGUUCUUGGUUGCCUGGAUAGUAAGCAACCACGUGCUUUAACUAUGGUCAGUCAAACGGGAAGAUCAUGUUAACAGGAAAAUGGUGAUAAAAAUUUCGAGAUUCUAUUUAAUAUGAAUUCAUGACGAGUUAUGGGACAUGAUGUUAUCUGGGAGGGCUCGCACAUUAGUGUGUAAUUAGAAGAUACGUACGAACUACCUGAAGUUAUUCCUUUUCCCAUGAUCAGGAUAAUGAAGGAAAAUGUUACUGUAUCAAGAUGUUACAGCUUUUCAUUCUUCAUUCUGAACAAAACUAUCAAUACAUCGUAUAAGUUUUAGAGUGAAUAAGUUGCAGUUUUGCUGCAUCUUUCAUUUUUUUUCGAACUUGUGUUAAGAUUUUGAUGGUUUAAAAAAUAAAAGUAUCAUAACUUUUGAUUGGACGUCUGAUUCCAGUUUCCCAAAUAUCAAGUCGGGAAAACUGUGAUGAUGGUGACUGUGAAGAGGCGGGUUUCAUGGCUUUACAUUCAGAUUCAGAUGAAAUGAUCCUUGAUAGAGACGUGUGAAUGUGAGGCAAGUAUCUGGUCUAAAGCUCCUCCAUUCCUCCAAUUCCCUUCCCCCAAAUAAAAAGGAGAUUUCUAGGUUAGCCUCUUAUGAGCAGAUCCCUUGAAUACAAGGUAUUCUGUCUCAUAGGACAUUAAUUGCUGUGAUUGAGUUUCACGCCUGUGUCUAGGCCAAAUACCUGAAAAUUUUGACCCAAACAAUGGGUUUGUAAAAUUACUUGGAAGGAAAUGAUUGAGAUGAUGAAGACUAGAAGAUAAGGUGUCUACCACUGUUUUAAUUUUCCCCAACAAUGUCUAUUGUCUACUCGAUUUGAUUUCCAAGUGUUGAUUUGCUAUGGGCAAGCAUGACAUUUAUAUAUUUAUUCAAUUCAGGUAUCAGUUAUUUUGGCAUGGUUUUCUUAUUUACAGAUGUUUCACAUAAUUUGAUUUCAACUGUUGCAUGUUGUGCCUCUUUCUUGCUAUAUUAUAUGCCAAAUGGCUCUAACAUCUUCUGAUAAUGGAAUACCUUUUUGAGUACCCGCUAACUUGAAGAGCUUGGAAAAUCCUUCCAACAAGAAGGCCCUCUUAAUGGCUAUUGUCACCAUUUCAACGACAGUUGCCAUCACAUCAUCACAACAUCACCUCAGUUGCCACCGUCUCUAGAGAAAGGAAAAACAAAAAGUGUUAUACACGGGCUUUUGUAGAGAUAAGCUAUUCAUGCAGACUGAUUCUUCCUUUUUGGUAUUGAGCUCUUGUUGGCGUUGUUUAUAGAACAUGGGGUUGACAACAUCAACUUCUCUUCGUCAGUUAUAUAAUGUUUUGCCUUUCUACGUCUCUUCUCACUAUUUAUUUCUAGACGUCUUUGUUUUGGUCUUUCACAUCAAGCUCUUAUAUGUUUUCAUAGGCAAUGCGCAAGGAAUUUGCCAAUGCAAGGUCUUUGUCAAGUGCUCAAGCUCGAGUAUUGAGUGCUCAUGAUGAAAUCAAAAUGUCCACCUCAAGGUUGCGCCUGAGAGAGAAUGAGGACGAGCCUACUGCUGUUAAUGUGCUGAGCUCAGAUCAAUUGAUCCCAUCAAGUAUGCAGUUUUCUAGUGACAAAUUUUUGUCCUUAUCAUUAUUAGAACGGAUUAAAGGACAACUCCGCUAUUUGAAGGUAUAACUAGGGUUUAUAUCUUGUUAAUUUCCGUUUGUAAUUGACGAUCGUCCCUCUCUUUUUUAUAACUUAUGAAUAAUAAUCAUAUACUGUAACUAAAUGACAUACUGGCAUUAGAUAUUAUAAUGUUGCUGCAUUUGAUCAUAUAUUCUAAGGUUGCACUGACAUGUACAGUAAUUGAAUAACUUAGCAUAAUUAAUUAGUAUGGAUUUUUCUUGCCAGAUUUAGCGUAACUAUGGUGAAGGUUAAAGAAUUUGCAUUACUUCUCAGAUCAUUUUUUCUUUCCCAAAAAGUUACCCAAAGGGUUUCAAGUGGGAAUAGUUCAGUCAACUAGGGCAUUCAAGUGGGAAAUGUUAAUGUAUUCACGUGGGGCCGAAAAAUUUGCAGGAAAAUGAUAGGCCCAUCAGAUAAAGUAAGAUUUUAUCUGCGUGUUAUCUUAAUAUCUUAUUGGCACAAGGUAAGUAACGUAAAAUGGAAAAGGAGUGAUAGUAUCUUUUGUUAAAAUCCAUUCGAAAUUUCGUAGUUUUGUCCGUUUAAUUGUUUUUUUACGAGUACAAAACGGCUAUCCUUUAUGGUUCUUGGUAAAUUAAAUUAUUUGGGCUUUACUGUAUGGGUUUUUGUUUCUCCGAAUAGGUUAUACGAUUUUCAAGUACAGUGCGUUCUUUUAAUUUGAAGAAUCACAGACUAUGAGAUACAGAGGCCUGGAGAAAGUCUAAGUAACCCCUUAAACCUCAAAAGAUAGCAGUGGGGAUGUUACGUCGUCUGUAAACAUCAAAUGCAUCCAAACUUACCAUCUUCUUGCUCAAGAGACAUAAAAGUUGGAAUAGAUAGGUGGGAAAUAGUAUCAACAUGCUGACAUAUAAGCUACACCUGUGCUUCAAUUCCUCAUGAAAAUCACCUGGACGCUAUAGUUAGUGCAUUUUUCAAUCUUUGCUCAUUCUUUGUGACGUACUUGUUGAACAAUUUAUACUUCUAGAAUCGUACUAGUUCCGAAAGCUUAUCAAUAUUUUGGAAUACUCUUCAGUUUGGCGUAGAAUGUUUUAUUUACUCUCUUAAGCUUUUUAAUGAUUUCCAUACCUUGUUGACGUGUCGUCUGUUUGCUCUUAUCUUUGCUUUUUUUUUUACUCUCCCAUUACCUGGCUAUUUUAUGUAUGAAUUCAUUCAGAGGUAUAAUUCACUGUGUACUUCUAUUUCAGGGAUUAAUGGUGUCUAAAAAUAAGCAACAAGAUGCUACUGAUCUUUUGCCCGAUUCCCACAGUGAUCAAGAUCCAUCUAUUUCCACAGCGAUGGAGCACCCAUGUAAAGAUGACGAUCAUCUUUGCCCCAUUUGCCAUGAAAAACUGACGAAUCAGAAGAUGGUAUUCCAAUGUGGACAUGCCACUUGCUGCAAAUGUAAGUCUCAGACACAAUUCCAAGUUCUUAUUUGAGGCAAUCAAUUUAAGUAAGAUAUUCGUUUCCCUAUGCAUGAAAGAGAUCUAUAUUUACUGUGUUAUUGGUAUGCAGAACAAGUGCACGUAUGAUUGCUUCAAAUUUUCGGACACAUCAUGUUCAUAUUUCUUUAGUUUGCCUCUUGAUUAAUAGAGGUCAUCAUCAAAAUCUUUUGUUUCUUUGAACAUCUAGCGUGGUUUUACGGCUAGAUUUUGGUUCCCAUUGAACACGAAAGUUACUUCCAUCCAUUUUUUAGGAAUUUUGGUAGCGGGCGAAGGAUGAAGAAGAUUUCACAUUGAUUUUCUUGAAUAGUUGUUGUACGCGUGUUAGAAAAGCUCUCUUCUAACGUUCAGGUGGUGAAGUGUUAUUGUCUUCAUUCCUGCAACCUCCACUGGAUCUACUUACAUAGCUUAGAACUGACACAAAUACCUGUAUUAACGUCAAUAUAUAACGUCUGUCAACUGAUAAAGCAAUAUAGCUAUUUGUACCCGAUGGGGAUUUGCAUCCUAGUGAACAAGUUUCAUGUCCCUGUUAUUUGGCAGGAUACACAACUCGUUUUGGAUACCGAGUUCCUUCAACUAUUUUAAGUGUCAUUCUACUUAGCGGUUGUGUUGUUCAUGACUUUUGUGAUCAGACAAUUCCAAGCUCCUUCCUGUUAAGGUCAUCACCUCUAGUUUAUUUUGUAAAGCUGGGUUCCCUUGACAUAUAUCAGCAUGUUGUAUCUUGGAUGGACUUUAUCAAAAUCCAGUAAAAUUUGAUAGCUAUGCCACUUUACUGGACUCGACUUUCUUUGCUUCUGAGAAAGACCUGGACUUUCAGCAAGUCUAGUGGUUUGGUUUUAUUCUGGUGAAGAUGUGAGCGCCCUGAGCGAAUUAUUUUCCGUAAAAAUGCCAGGAUGAAAGCAGUGUGACUAGAAGGGAAUUUCAGUGCUGUCCAAUAGGACUGGUUGCUUAGGGCAUCAUAUGGAAAUGCCUGUGGGUUGCUCUCAGUCAUGUUAAAGCGAUUAAUAGAAAAACUCAGAGUAGAUUCGAUAAUGGAACUGUAUACUGUCAUUUAUAUCUCUUUUCAGAUUUGGCUUGAAUCAUCCUAUUGCCUUUUUAUCAUAUCUAAGAUGGUGAUUCCUUGUGAUUGGUAUCUAUGUUUUCAUUUCCUUUUCUAUCUGCCCGCAGGUUGUCUUGAAAUGACUGAGCAUGCAGUGGUUCGCUUGGUAAAGUGCCAACAUAAAUGGGUUAUGUGUCCAACAUGUCGUCAGCAUACAGAUUUUAGAAACAUUGCAUAUGUAGAUGAUAAACUGAGUAAAGUUUAUGAUUCGAAGGUUCCAAAUCUAUUCCGAGGUGAAAACCUUGCCGAAAAUUCUCUGAAAAUUGAAGGCUCUUAUGGAACGAAGGUGUGCCUCUGCAUCAAAUCCUAUCCAUUAAUUUAAUAGUGGAAAGAUACACCGAACCUGUGGUAUUUAUUACUUGGCAUAAACAUGCCGUUUUAUCAUUGAUACUUGAUUCAGUUUAUGCUCUUUCAGGGCAGAUACUUUGAUGAACAGUAUCAUAUUAUCAAUUACUUUUGGGGGACUAGUACUAUUUAUGAAUUGACAAUUUAUGAUAAAAGAUCUCACGGGUCUAUCUUGUAUUGAAGAUUGAAGCAAUCACAAGGAGGAUUCUGUGGAUACUUUCUGCCGAUCAGGAUGCAAAAAUUCUUGUAUUCUCCAGCUGGAAUGACGUGCUUAACCUUUUGGAGCAUGCACUCCAUGAUAACAGCAUCAGCUAUGUACGAAUGAAAGGAGGCAGGUAGAAAAUUCGUACUCGAACCAGUUUUCAUCUUCCUUUUUUUUUUCUUGGAAUGGAAAUGAAUUGUUAGUUUAUGAUAUCUAAUAAAUACAAUGCGCUGGAUAAACGUUUUGCCUUCAAACAUUGUUCGUUGAAAGCUGCAUUUUAACUUUAGGCGCCUUUUACAAAAUCAUGGUUUUUUUGGGGGCAGGAGAUGCUUCAGUCUAAAAGUGCAUGUACCAUAGGUGGUGAUUUGACUUGUUCUUUAGCUUAGUUCAUUAGUAACCAAAAAAUGAAAGUACGACAUGUACCUUGGGUCUAUUGCCCUCGGACACCAACCUUAUACUCUCUUGCCAAAUUCUGCAAAUCAUUAGUUGGCAGGCAAGGGAGAAUGUCCUUAUCUAAGGAAAGCUGAAACCCUUGCUAUUUCUCGCUGCAAACAGAACAUCUUACGUUUUGAGCUUUAGGAUGCCUAUAAAUCACAGAACAUGAGGCUCAUCAGUAAGAAUUGAUAACCAUAUAGUAAAAUAAAAUAAUAACUUGAAUUAUUGAGGCCUAUCAGAUUCUGUAUUUUUUUUUGUUUUAGAGAGAAUAAUCCAAAUCUUGGUUCUGAAUGAGUAUUAUAAUCCACUUUUAAAAAAAAUCCUUGAAAUUUAUCUUUCCUACUUGAAAGCUUGUUCAUUGUAUGCGUUCAUCCUCGCAUAUUGUAAUUUUCAUUUUAAGUUCAACGAUGAAAGCGAUUAUUCCUCGGAAACGUUGGAAAAUGUCGAAAUUGAGCAUUUAGAAAUUAAAAACAAAUGCAGGAAGUCCCAAGUUGCACUUGCACAGUUCAAGGGACACCAGGGUAUGGAACAAAAUGGGAAGCUUCAGGGCACGCCCACCAAGUCAAAGCCCAUUCAAGUACUCCUGUUACUGAUCCAGCAUGGAGCCAACGGCCUAAACAUCCUAGAGGCACAGCACGUGGUUCUCGUGGAACCGUUGCUAAACCCAGCAGCUGAAGCUCAGGCAAUUAAUCGCGUUCAUCGGAUUGGACAGGAUAAGAAGACCUUCGUACACCGUUUCAUAGUAUGCAAUCUACCCCCGCCUUCAACCUCUUGUGAUUCAAGGGGUCUGUCUACUUUGUCUCUAUGCUGAUCUGCAUCUUUCUGACAGGUUGGCGACACUGUGGAGGAGAGCAUAUAUGGUUUGAACAGAAGUAGGAGUGCCAGUGCUGUCAUAGGCGUCAAAUCGAAGCAUCAAGAUCAGCCAGCCCUGACUUUGAAGGAUAUCGAGUCCCUUCUUCUACCUAUGCCUCAGAAGAAGGUCCCAAUUGGCGACGACCAUCCCAUGGAAGGAAGCCACCAGCAGCUGCCGCCAGCCGUCGCUGCGGGCAUGGCUGCAGAGAGGAGGCUGAUGGGAGCCUCUUCCUAG